GUGACGCAGGACGUCAUCAUCACUUUGGGGGCGGAAGAGCGGUCGUGUGUUUUUAGGGCUGGUAGAACCAAACCGGGCGUUUUUGAUCACAAGCUUCACACCACGAUUAUAAGAGAUUUUGUAGUUCUGACACACGGACAUGGCACUUCCUGCGUGCUCAGAUGUGCAUUUGGACCGAGAUGGGCUGUGCAGCGAUCAGACGACGACGUCAUCGGAAAACAACAUUGACAUCGACGAGAAAGAAUUGGAAAAAAUCACAAAGAACCACCGCGAAGACGCCACGGCGUUGCCUCUGCACUCCCCCUGGACGUUUUGGCUUGACAGGUCGUUACCAGGGACCACUGCUGCAGAAUGUGCAUCAAAUCUCAAAAAGAUAUAUACAGUUAAAACUGUUCAGACAUUCUGGAGUGUGUACAACAACAUUCCCCAGGUCACAGCGUUGCCGUUGAGAUGUAGCUACCACCUGAUGCGUGGAGAGAGGAGGCCGCUGUGGGAAGAGGAGAGCAACGCCAAAGGAGGUGUUUGGAAGAUGAAAGUGCCGAAAGACAGUACGGCGGUGGUGUGGAAGGAGCUGUUGCUGGCUACAAUCGGGGAGCAGUUUGCUGACUACUGUGCCUCUGCGGACGAGGUCAUUGGCGUGAGCGUGAGUGUGCGUGAUCGAGAAGACGUGGUGCAGGUGUGGAACGGAAAUGCCCCUCUUGCUCAAGAAGCUAGCAUCUUGGCGAAGAUCUACGAACUUCUCCCUCAAAUAUCCUUUAAGGCUGUGUUUUAUAAAUCUCAUCAGGAACAUCACGCUUUUGAAGGAGGACGUUCAAGACACUAGAUUCCGAUGCAGCUGCGUCUUAAGCUUUUGUCCUUUUAAGAAAAGAUAAAGAUCUGAACUUUACACCCCCCUUGACAUACUGCCAUCUCCACAACACAACUCAACAAUGAUUUGCAUCAAUCAAGGAACAGUUAUCAAUAUAUUUUUAUACAUUUUAUCGGAACAUAACGUAUUUGAUCAACUUUGACCAUGUCCGGUUGACCUUGUUGAAGCUACUGCCUUGUUUUUUAGGUUUUUGUUUCUUUGCUUUACUGCCACCAAUAUGGUCUGCACAGACCUCAUGGAAGUAGCUCUCCUUAGGCUUAUCGGCAGUGGUCAAACUAUUUUAUCUUUUGUAGAUACGUUGACUGGACUUUAGGGUCUUCUCUUCAUGUUCUUUAAGCCAGUUGAUGUUGUUGGUGUCCAAAGCACUUUUUUUGGGACCUCAGUUAGUUUUAUUGCUUUUUAGGGAAGUAUUUAGCAAAGCUGAAUGUUGAUAUCUCGAUUAUCGACAUGCGGUGAAUACACUGUGUGUUUACAGAAGAGUUCAUGAGUCUUGUAAUAAACCUCAUGUCUGAGUAAGCAUUUAGUUUACAUGUUGCACAUUUAUAUGCCGGGUUUGAAACACACCUGCCGUGAAUGGCAGUGCUCUCUUAUGAACCACUUUAGCAUCAUGUGACUUACUAAACAUACUUAGUUCAAUAAUAAUCUUUUUUAACAUGUUGUGGUUUUGAAAAUGUCACAACCUCUUUGUAGCCCCAAAAUGCAUCACAAAUAUUUGAUUGUUUUUCUCUUGUAAAUUUAACGGUAAAUCCAGCAAGGGUAAUUUUUUGUCGCAAAUAUUUUCUUGUUUGUACAGCCAGAUGCGUGUUAACAAUGCACAUUUUGCAAAAUAAUCAUUUUUUGCGUUGAUAGUUUCUUUCAGCUAUGGUGGAUAAUGAUGAAUCAAGCUAAAAUAUGGUAAAUUAUGUGUAAUGUUUAUGCUUUUUCCAUUUGAGUGUAAACAUAGCAAUGUCAAAAGCUAUUUUGAAUAUAUAUUAAACACCUGUGAGAUAUUACCCAA